AUGCGUGUCAACAGUCCGAAAUACGUCCUGUCCGAGAAACGGAAGACUCCGCUUUCUGCAAGAGGCCGCUGGUCCACCUGGCCUGCGUUUGCAUCCGGACAGACAGUCCUAAGGAAUCACAAACCCUGCUGCGCCCCGGAGCACAGCCAGCCUAGCAACCGCCAGGCCCUUCUUGCCACCCCAAAGCCACAAUACUUGGAGCAACUGGAGUCUUACCUGAGGAAAGAGCUGCAAUCUCUCGAUCUGACUCAAAAGAACUCACAGGAAGUGAAGUUACAGGUCUGACGCAAGGUUUUCUCGACUCACCAGAAGAAGAUGAUUCGUGCCCUAGAGCCCCUGCAGGCUACGGUCACAACCGUCUCCGAGGAGUGCACCCGGCAGAUACUGGCACUGCAGGAAAAGGAGAAAGACGAAAUAAGUACCUUAAAGCAUGAGAAACAACGCCUGUUAAAGCUCAUGGAUGGCACGAGGGAAGAAAUGUGUUCUCUUCAGACUCAGUGGAAGUUUUGGAGCAGGCACGGAACAUCAGGCACCGAAGCGAUGCUGGACCUUGCCCAGGUCCAGAGAAAAUCCUGGACAGAUGCCAAAGGUGAAGAUGUGGUGAAGUUGUCUUUGGCACUCAAGGUAGCUCGGCAGGACCUCACACGGACCCAGGUGAAGCUGAACCAAGCGCUAGCAGACUGCAGAGACGUCGUGCUCAGGAAAGACUUUGAAUUGCUGGAGAAGAAAUACGCUGAUCUGCUCGAGGAGAUGACGACCCUGCAGAAUGAUUUUGAGCAGCUCCGGCAGGAACACAAAACGCAGGAAGUCCACCAAGAGACUGCCAAAGAGCGAGACAGCUUCGGCGCCCAACUCCAUCAGGUCCAGCACAACCACACACCCCGGCCCAACUGGGCAAAGUGUUCAGGUGCCAGAUGUGUUCG